AUUGGGACUCUUCAAGGAAACACAAGUGUUGCCCCUGCAAGUCUUAGCUAUUUUGAGGUGCUUUGUCUUCCUCUCUCAUUUCUCUUAUCUUCUUCUCCCUUGCAUUUUCGAAGCUUCUCGACUGCUCAUAUAAAAUUUUCCAAUUCGAAAUUUGGGCUAGGGUUUCCAAAGCUUGAACGUAGUAGGCCAUUUUCAAUGAAACAGGUAGCUCGAAGCUCAGCUUAGGGUUUCGCUUCUCUGUGACGGCCGGUCGGCCGGUGCGGUUAAGGUUUUUGAAUGGCGGCUGCAAAUCCACAGCCACUGCAGGCGCGUCCUUAUGAAGAACACUUGCGAGCGCCGAUACAGAUUGAGGACGAAGACGGUGGAGAGUACGAGGACGGUGACGCUAUGGAUGACGUCGAAGAGGCGCACAUGAAUUCCGGUGUGAACGUGGCAGAGCAUCGCGGCGGAGUUGGAGGUGGAGCUGGUGUGGUUAUGGCGUCGAGGACAAGUGAACUUACUCUCUCUUUUGAAGGAGAGGUGUAUGUUUUCCCUGCUGUUACCCCUGAGAAGGUGCAAGCAGUGCUUUUGCUUCUGGGUGGACGAGACAUUCCCACUGCUGUACCUGCUAUUGAAGUACCCUUUGAUCAAAAUAACAGGGGCGUAGGUGACACACCAAAGCAUUCAAAUCUUUCACGAAGAAUAGCCUCCCUUGUUAGGUUUCGUGAGAAACGGAAGGAGAGAUGUUUUGACAAGAAAAUAAGAUACACUGUGCGAAAAGAGGUGGCACAAAGGAUGCACCGCAAGAAUGGGCAGUUUGCAUCCUUGAAAGAAAGUUCAGGUGGUUCAAGUUGGGACUCUGCACCGAGUUGUCUACAGGAUGGCACUCCUUGUCCUGAAACUUUUGUUUGGAGAUGCCAACAUUGUGGUGUUAGUGAAAAUAAGACUCCCGCAAUGCGUCGUGGGCCCGCUGGACCAAGGACAUUAUGUAAUGCAUGUGGCCUGAUGUGGGCGAAUAAGGGAACACUGAGGGACCUACGCAAAGGAGGAAGGAAUGUUCCUCCAGAACAAAUUGAACCCGAAACCCCGAUUGAUGUCAAGCCUCCUAUCAUGGAAGGAGAAUUUUCAGGCAACCAGGAUGAACAUGGAACUCCUGAAGAUCCUUCUAAAGCUGUAACUGAAGGAUCCAACAAUCCCUCUGUUAAUCCAGAAGUAGUUUUGCAAGAAGCUACUGAAGAUCUUACUAGCACUUUGCCAAUGGGAGUUGUCCACUCUUCGGCAGAUGAUGAUGAGCAGGAGCCCCUGGCUGAGCUUGGUAACCCUUCAGAUACAGAAUUGGACAUACCUGCUAAUUUUGAUUAGAAGAGGGCAAUGCUACUGAUACCUCAUAAGGAUGGGUAAUUAGCAAAUUGAGUUAUAACUAGAAACGGGCAUGAUUUUGGAUCCCCAAGUAUAAUCAUCUGAAGAGGGGAGAAGAUUUGAUGCUGCUUUCAGCUAACUCCAAAAUAGCAGGCGAUACUCCUUGUUGAUAUUAGUGCUGGAUCUUGUUUCUUUAUGAUUUGUUAGCAGAUAUGAGGAGCGCUAGUGAAUUAAGCAGAAUGUGAUUAAUUUGUUAGGCUGUUACAUAGUUUCAAUUCGCCUCAGUACUGUAAUUUUUAACGUGGUUCACUGAAAUAAAAUAUGCUUCCAAUGUCCU